CUGGCGACUUGGGAAACAAAUUCUGCAGAAAAGAACAGUUCACUCGUUUUAAUCUCCUAUCUUAGUUUGUAUAAUUUGUAACUUAUGCAGAGGGGUGACCAGGAGAAGGGAUUUGCGAAGUAUCGUUCGUUCACUUUAUGCAUGCAAAUUAGACCAUUAUCAGGCUCACUCGGCUCAGAAGGUACCUCUGUUUCUGCAUGACUUUUGCUGAGUCGCUAUCCGUCAUCUGCGGGAGGUCUCUGGAGUAGCAGUCAACGCCGGGCCCGCUGGGAGACAAGCCCGGGCCCUGCCCUGCUGAAUUUAUGUUGCUCAUAUUUUUGCCCCGUUAGAGUCUGCCUCAGAAUCAAAAUGGCCAAAUUCAUCACACCUGUAUCAGAGACAAGAGGAAAUGUACAAAGAAUGAAAGGGGACUACCGUUAUGGACAUUUUGAGGUCAUCCCAAACCUUCCAACCUCGGGUCCUGCCCAAAAUUCUGAAAAGCAUGUCAGGACUUAUUUUAAUAACAAACAAAUAUUCCGAACCAUUUGUGAGUGGUUUGAGGUGUGGAUGCCAUGGCAGAGGCGAAUUGUUCUAUGUGGUACUACAGAUAGGUGUUCUACAUCUCAGCUUGAGUAUCUUGCUACAGCCUUAGAACCAGUGUUUCACAGGGACUUCCAGACCUCCCUGAGAGGGAGCUAUCCAUCACUGACCUCUAGAAAAGUGAUCCACACCAAUGAACAAUGGGAGAGAGCAGUUAAAAUGGCAGAUUCUGAUUUGAGUAGUGUCUACACUAAGCAAGAGAGCAAACCUUUGUCAAACAAAGAGUUACAUUCUGUAAACACAUUUGCUUUAAAAUUUGUCAGUGGUGUCAUUGCUGAAGCAGUUCAGAUAGCUGCAGGGAAGGAUACAGAAGACAGUUCUGGUGUAGACUCUUAUGAUGACAGUCAGAAAUCAAAGGGCAAAAAAGGACAUCAGAGAAAGCCUUCGCCAAUAGUAGAAGUCCAAGAGACCUCACCCAUUGUAAUUGAGAGUAAUGGAUCUCGCACCUUGAGCCCAACUACUAGUCGGUCACAGCAAAGUGGAUGUUCAUCAUCCUCCAAAGACACUUUGCUGAAAGUUCCAAAGAGUGAAAGGACCAGUUUCUCUGGCACAAAACACAGCACAACUUCCAGUCAAAGAGAUGGCCUUCUAUUUAUAGAGCGGAAGAGUGUUGACACCGCAUCUUUCGUCAACCAAAUCAAUUCUUCCGCUCACCCCCUUGAGUCUUCCUUUUCUGCAAAGCCAUCAGAAAGACGAAAAACAAAGAAUCGAUCAAUGGCUUAUAAUCAGUAUUUCUGUGGACAGGAGGAUACAGGCUUGGUUGAUCAGCACCACUUGGAUGCCCUACCACCUCUUGAGGCCAAAAAGGUGUCCACUUUCAACUGGUGUAUGAGUCACAGGGUCACACCUUCUGCAGGGUCAACUGUAGCUGGAUCAGCAGAAAGCCAUAGAAGUAAACCACACAAGCACACCAAGACCUACCCAACCCCAGGAAGUGCAGCAACCACAACAGACUUCUUUGAUCGCUCAAAGAUACAGAAACUAGGUGCGAUGAAAGGGGUUUUACGUACAGGUCAUAUCAACAAGCCACCCCUAGUUCAAGAUCUGUACAUCCCUGUCCAGAAAACUUUCAAGCCAAGCAAGUGGUGGACACCUAGACCUGUAGUGGUCCCUGCAAAGAAGCAACAACUGAGGGCAGCAUUCAAAGAACAGUUGGAACAGAUAUGGAUUUGGUUGAAAGAAUGGGAAGACCAUGAGAAAGGGGAUCUUUUAGUUGAACUCAUCAAGAUGUGUGACCAGGAGCUUAUCAAGUUCUUUGCUUCCUGCCUCACCAAACGGUUACAUCAGUAUGUGAAUUGGUUAGAGGAUCGUAUGGAUAUCAACAGCCUUCCAGAUAAAGUUCUCCUUCAUAUCUUCUACAUGCUAUCUCCAAAGGACCUACUACAGGUAGAGUUGGUAUGUAGGAGAUGGCGAUUCCUUGUCUCACAAGAAGAGCUCUGGCGAUACAAAUGCUUGCUAUUAGGAGCAUCCCAUGGUUCUCCUGAUCUUGUUCAACUGAUUGAGUUCUAUAUGAGUGAGAAUGCUGUAGACUGGAGGGAAGCUUAUUGGAACCUCACUGAUAUUAUGGUACAUCAUGAUGAAGUAGUCCUAGUUGGAUCAACACCAAAACCUGAUUUGAAGAGGAUGUGGAGGAUGGUAACUGAUAGGAUCUCUGAAUUAAGAAGAAGAUAUCUUCAUGAAGACACUGAAUCAGAAUCAUCAGUAUCUACAGUGGUAUCUGAGUCAGACUCUGUUUGUUCAGAAGUAGUUGAGAUAGCAGUCGCUGUUGCCCGUCCAAGACCAAGUAGUGCUCGCACAGAAACCUCUUCUGAUAUUGACCGUGAUGAACCUGAUAUGAGGUCUGCUGAAGCCCACACCCCUGUAGAUGAAAUUCUACGUAUGAGAAAGAGGACUACUUCAAGGAAGAGAAGAUCUACCAAGUUGGAGGACAUUGCAUUAGACAUCAGGCCUGAGUUACAUAGAGCUAAAGAUCUUCUGCAUCCAUCAGAAGAAGAUGAUGAGCACAUCCAUUAUGAUGGAAAGGUCAAGCAAAUCAAAAGAGUUCGUCGACUACAGGGUCAUGUUGACACCAUUUGUUGUGUGAAGUUUGAUAUAAGGAGACUGAUCACAGGCUCUAUGGAUCGAACUAUUCGAGUAUGGGAUAUUCGCAGUGGAAAGAGCAUACGCAGGCUUACAGGACACAAGGGAGGAAUCCGAUGUCUGCAGUUUGACGAGACUCGGAUAGUCUCUGGAUCAUGGGACAUGUCAGUUAUGGUCUGGGAUGUGGUAAGGUUUGAACUGAUGGCGGAACUCACCGGCCACACAGGCGUUGUAUCGUGUCUCCAGUUCAACGACCGUCUCCUUGUGACAGGAUCCCAUGAUCGUACUCUACGUAUUUGGAGCAUGAUUGAUUAUGAAUGUAAACAUGUCAUCAAGCACCACUCUGAUGCUGUUACCUGUCUCAUUCUAGAAGACAAUGUGGUCAUCAGUGGGUCAUUUGAUAGAUCUUUAAAGGUGACUGAUGUUAACUCAGGGGAGUGUCUUCAGAACAUGACUCAUGAGAAACAGGACCGCAUCACAACCAUUCAGUGUCUUGAUGAUGAGAUAUUAGUUGGAACUCUGUCUGGACGUUUCUUGAUAUGGAACCGAACCCAUAGCACCCUUGACAGAGCAUACCAGGCCCUGGAUUCACCAAUCUAUAAAGUGGUUGUACUUUCAGUUGAUGAUAGGGAGACUAAAAUUCUCAUAGCAUCAGCUAAUGGCUCCAUUGGUGAGUGGGUUCUUGAAUCUAUGACCUGUGUAAGAAUCUUACAGGGACAUCGGGGUCCAGUAAGAGAUAUCCAGGUAUCUAAUGCUCGAGUAGUAAGCUGCAGUGAAGAUAAAACAGCCAGGAUCUGGGAUUUAAGUCCUCCACCUCUUAAACCAGGAGAUGAAAAUGGAAUCAAUCCAGAGAUAGUCAAUGAAAGAGAUAGUGACUAAGAGAGAUGGACAGAGGUGUUAGAAAAGAAUAAAGAUGCUUGAAGAUUUAAUGAGACAUUACAUUUACAGAGGAACAUAUGCUUUUACUGAAAGGAAGUGAAACUGAGAAAUAUUAAAUUAAAGAGACCGUGACUAAGAUAAAGCAAAAUAGGUAAAAAAUACUAUAUUACUUAGGGGCAGUAACUAAGAGAGAGUUGGAAAAGGAUAAGCUUGAUGAGUUUAAAAGACAUCUGCAGGGACAUUUAUUACUACUACUAAGAGAGAAUAAUUGGAGAUUAGUCACUGAAAGGGACAGUUACUCAGAGAGAAUAAAAAAGUGAGUCUUACUAAAGCAUAAUAACUUAGAGAAGUAUUACAGGACAGGGACUGAGAGCUAAGCCACAAAUAAGAAAAUGUCUCAUGUAUAAUCAUUGAAGUAGAAAACUAUAAGAGAUGGUAAAUAAAGUAUUAAAUAGUGGAAAAGUUAAUGUUUCUUUUCCUACCCCUGACAAUAAGCCAUUGAAUUUGUGAACUUCAAUAUUUGCCUUGUUGCUAAAGUGUACAUCGAAUAUUAUGAUCACACUAAAAAAGUUGAAUGAUUUGUAUAUUUGUGUGAUAUUUGUAGCUCUUGGAAUACACAACUAAUCGUCUCAUUUUCAUUUACAUUUCUUUUUAAUUUGUAUAAUUAUCUAUUUUAUAAAUGUAUAAUCAUUUUAAAGAGGUUAAAUGAUUUGAAUUGGUGUAGUUCUUGUAUCUCUGGGAAUUCAAGUGUUGUUCUCACUUACAUUCUUAAGAAGGCAUUACCCUUGGUGUGUAAUAGUUCUCUCUGAUUUGACAUGUAAACCAUCCGAUAUAUUAUCAUGACUGGAGAAGCGUAUAUUAUUUCUUCCGGGGGUACCUGAUGAAUGUUCGCCUGUCUGCCGACAGUAUUUGGCAUCCUAACAAUGAAUGACAAGAGAAUACUAGAAAUAAACUUUCAAAAUGAAUCUAAAUUCCAUCAAUUCUGUCAACUGUUUGGUUCAAAGUUCUUCCUCUACGUGCAUAUUUGGCAGUACAGGUAUUGUUAGUGACUGUUUUCCAUUUUGAUUCUGUGAUGACAAGUCAGUUUGUAUUCUCAUUCAUCUUAAUUGAAAUAUUCCACUCUACAUAACUUUAGAAAAUGGUUGUGUUCCAAUACAGAUAAUGUCCAUUAACAUUCAAAGUAUUAAUAUGUAAACUAUGCAAAUUUUUAUUCCAUCCAGUGUAUUUUAACCAAAGAUAAAGAAAAUGGAUUAUCUGAAUUCUGAAAUAUGCAGCUCAAGUAUUCUUACAAUUUUUAUAUAUCAAUUUAUUUGUAAAGAUAUGUAUAUAUUUAUGAGAAAUGCUCAUUUCGUGCAUACUAUGUGUGUAAUUUAUGUAUAAGUACAUGUACAGUAUUAUUAUUGAAAUUAUAUACUUCC